UGAAGAAUUCAGACUGAAAAUAAAUCAAAUCAAAAUUUUAGUUUUUAAACUUUAAAGUAUAUAUUCACAAAAUUAACUAAAUAACGUUAACUGUCUAACCAUUUUAUGGUUUCAAAUUUGAAUUAUGAGUAAUCCAAAUGAAAAUAUUGAUGAUAAAAAAAAAUUCGUUUCGGAGAAUAUUCCAAUUCCACAAACAAGUCGAAUUCGAAACGAUAGUGAAACUUCUACACCAGGCGAUGAAGCGAAUAAAGGACAAAAGAUCACUCAUCAAUUUAUGGUUUCUGGGAGCAGUACAAUUGGCGCAUCUCCACCGAAAUUUGUAACAUUAGAGGAAAUUAUGCAAGCAGCAAAUGGAAUGACAAAUAUGGCAUUAGUACAUCAAAUUGCUGUAGAUCAUGAUUUUAAAUUAAAUCCUGUCAACUUACCAGAGAAUAGUGCACAAAAAACAUGGGUUGAUACUAUGAAACGAGCUUAUUGGGAUUUGUUACGUGAGGAUUUGAAUAAAACGCCACCUGUAUAUUCUCAUGCUUUACAAUUAAUUGAAGAUAUUAAAGAGGGAUUGUUUGCAGUUCUACUUCCACAGCAUACUAAAAUUAAGCAAACUAUUGACGAAGUAUUGGAUUUAACUCUAAUCAAACAGCAAGUGGAAGCGGGUACAUUAGACUUCAAACAUUACUCCAGUUACGUUAUAAAUGUUAUGUCAAAGUUAUGUGCACCAGUACGAGAUGAUCGAAUUAAAGAGCUUUCUGAAACUGAGGAUAUUGUUGAAACUUUUCGAGGUAUUUUAGAGACUCUUGAUUUGAUGGCUUUAGACAUGGCUAAUUUCACAUUAAAUAUGGCACGACCAAACAUUAUUGCACAAAGUGUGGAAUAUGAACGGGAAAAGUUUGCAAACUUUUUAAAGAUUACGCCUGAUGGAUUAGAAAAUACACGAGCAUGGUUAUCACGACAUUUUACACCUCCUACGGAAGAUUACAACACUCCUGAUCGAAUGUUAAAAGUGAAAAACUUAACGACCGUAAUUUUGAAUAAAGCUUAUAUGGAGCUAAUUAAUUGGGAUGGUAACAAUGUUUUUCCAGAAACACUUUCCUUGGAUGAAGAAAGAUUAUAUGAAAUACAACAACGAAUUUCUCGUCUAUCAAUUAUUGGCGCUAUAUUAUUAAUAAGUUCAACAUGUUCUCCGGUUUUACAAAGUGACACGGUCUUCAAAGAAGAAUCCAAAAAACAAAUAUCAGAAAUACUACAACAUGUAUCAAUUUCUAAUGAAAAACAAUUACAAGAUGCACUCAAAACAAUUGCAGAACUAAUGAAAAAGAAAAUAAAUGAACGAUUAGAAAAAUGUAAUGAUUCAACAUUAAAUGCUGAAAAUUUAGCAACACUUUGUGGACAAAUUUACGAUGUUGGAAGACCAGGUCACAAAAUUUCGCUACUUAUACGUAAUAGAAUUUUAGAAUUUUUACAACUUAUUAUUUCAUCACCAACUGCUGCUCCGGAAAAAUUACCACCAGGGCUUUCAUCAUUACAAACAGAAGUAUUUAAUGUGGCUGGAAACUUUCUACGAAUUGUUUCACAUAAUCGUUCGGUAUUCGGAAAAUAUUAUAUUGAUAUAAUUGAUGCAUUAAUUGUUCCAAGUUCAACUAAUCAAUAAUUUAUUAAA